ACUCGAAACUUUCAUCUUAUCGGGAAAAUGGGGUCCUAUAGGAAAAUACUAGUAAAAAGCUGAUAUCUUAGGCUUUUUCUAGUCUAUAUAUCCCCUACUUAUGGACAAAAUUUGGGCUCAAAAGCUUUUUAGCACCUCGGAAGGUUCCCUCGUGAGUUAUGAAUUUUCUAGUUUUCGCUGAAAAAAUCAGACAAAUGGUCGUAAUUCCAGAAGAAAAAGCCGUCAGUCGGAAUCAAUUAGAUAUCUUCGGAGAGUUUCCACAGAAACUCAAUUAAACACCGACGGAGGAGAUAUAGAGAUGUAGAAGGUAUAGUAAACAGUUAUUUAUUUUUUAUGAUUGAUUUUUUCGAGCAAGAGUCGAUAAGUUGAAUGGAUCAUUAUUCAAAGUCAAGCACUAUAUAAAGAUUAUCUGCACUAGUUAAUCAAUAUAUCCUCUGUCGGUGUUUAAUUGAGUUUCCGCAGAAGCUCUUCGAAGAUAUCAUAUGCCGAAACCCUUUUCCGCUUUUUACCUACUCGAGAUCCUCAAUCGAAUUAUAUAUAAACCAACGAAAUCGAAGCGAGACACUUGGGAAUGUUUUGCUCAUUAUCAGCAGUCGGUAAUAGUUUUUAAGUAUUUUCGUCAUGAGUAAAUUUGAAUACUUUUUAUACUAAAAUGAUCAGUGCAACGAGUUCUAAAGACAAAAAAAAAUCAAUCUUGUGUUUUUUGUGGUUAACUAUCCAUGGAAGUAUCCGCCAGCAUUUUUUCGUUGGUAGUAUCAUUGGUAAAAAAAAAAAGGCAGAUCUUCUUAUCUUUAAUAUAAAUGAGACUAAUGCGUAAGUAAAUCUUUCACAGAGAACGAUAUCCGAGCUUAAUCAGAUCAAAAUUUGAAAUAGUCAUAUUUUAAUUGAGAUUUAUAAUUAUUAUAGAUAUCAAUUAUGUCUUCAAUUACGGCAAGAUAUUCUUUCUGGAAAAUUACCUUGUUCAUUUGUAACUUAUGCUUUAUUGGGUUCAUAUACAGCUCAAGCUGAAUUAGGAGAUUAUAGUGAAUUAGAUCAUGGAACAACAUAUGAUUAUCUUAAAGAACUUCAAUUUGCACCUCAACAAGAUGAAGAAUUAUUAAAACGUAUUCAUGAACAACAUAAAAGACAUAAAGGUCAACCACCUAAUGCAGCUGAUUUACAUUUUCUUGAAAAUGCUAAAAAAUUAGCUAUGUAUGGUGUAGAUAUUCAUCCUGCACAAGAUUCUGAAAAUGUUAAUAUUAAUAUAGGUGUUUCAGCUAAUGG